CGACAUGCGGGGACCACAGCUGACGUUACUUCGGUCCUCGGUAUAUGGUGGCUGACAAAAAGGCAACGUGCGUGUAGUAGGUACGUCUGUCUACAUUCAGGGGGACCACCCUGUCUAUCUCGUGUCGUGCUCGGGUUUGACCGACGACCGCGCGCGCCGGUACUGCGCCUGUCUUCUCCAUCCCAACGGCGAAGACGACAACGAUGGAGGUGUACAACGAUUUUCUCGGUUACAACCGUGUAGUCUACGUUCAGGGCGCAGCAGUAUUAGUCGAGAUGAGAAACUGGGAACGGCGAAUCCCCGUUUAGUUGUGCGGUUCUUCUGAGUAAUUUCCUGUAAAAAAGGAGUUGUUACAACUCAUCACUUUUUGUGGGUUAAAAUUGCACUUGGUUUGUUGGUGAUUAUGGAUUUUCUUUUCGAUUACGAUUACGACAGUGUUAGAAGCAAUAGGCGUUAGCUAAUUGAGUGUGGGGUUCGAUAAUUUGAAUUCUGUGUCCCUUCCAUGGAGGAAGCCUUUCCUGUAACCACUAGGUUUUCUUCUCUUAAAAACUUCCAAAGCGUUUAUCAUGUGUCCUUCAAACUGGAGAAGUGAAAAGGAGUUGGUGAAGUGUUGUGCAAAUAUUUGCCCGGAUAAAAAGGUUAUUUCGGUGUGAAAAUGUAUCCGCAUUAGGAAUGUACCACAGAGUGGAAAAAUUAAUUGAGUUCUGGUGGUCACACCACGAAAGUGAAUAAAGUGCGAAAAAAGAAGAAAAGUAGCCGCCACUUGUGCAGAAUAGAUAAAAAACCCGGUGUGUUAAACGUGGAAUGCGAAAAUAGAAAACAGAUAAUAAGAUUAGAAGUACACCAAUAGCCCUAAUGCGGUUAUAAAACACAAAAUCUCCUGAUCCAGAAAGUCUGUAGUCGACGGUGGGAAGGUUACAACAAGCGACAAGGUCUCAACAACGUUCGCGUUCUCUUGCAAGGGCAUUGCACGCAUAUUAUAUCCUUGGACAGGUUUACUGGAGCACGAGGCAAGUGGCUACUAUGGAGCAGCUGCAUACGAACAAAUUCUAAAAGUUAUGUAUUUCAUUCUUUCUCUUUGCGUCUCUUACAAAAAGGUUCACUAUUAAAGGGGACCCCAUAUCGUGAUUCACACAGCAAUUGGAAAAAUAUAUGGGUUGUCCAUUUAUUACGUAAAAGCUUCAGGGGACGAGGAAAAUUCUUCUGACCGUGUUGUGAAAUAAUGCUGGUAGAAUUGGGAUUAGAAGUGUGUCAGUGAGUGAUAGAUAAUGCAAAAGUGUCAAUCAAGCGCCAUUUACGAAGAAGUUACCUAAAUGAGUAGUGCAUAGCGUUUGUCUUGUCUUAGUUAUUAUGUAAUUUGCAUCUAGAAAAAAAAAAUUGAAAAACAAGAAAUGUGUAUGUGCGUCGGCCGAAGUGCAUUUGAUUAUCAUAGGGAAUCCUUCGGCGAAUUCAGUGCAUACAGGGGAUAUGGAUACGCCAAGGAUUUGUGCUCAUUGCGAUAGUAGUGCUGAUGAAUUUGGUUCGCAGGAAGGAAUUUAAUUUCAUUUGGUGAUCUCAACGUAACAGCCCCUCAAAAUGCCAGGAGGACGAAGGGGGCUCGUGGCUCCUCAGAACACAUUCCUGGAAAACAUCAUACGUCGGUCUAACUCGCAGCCGGAUAGUUCGUUCCUACUGGCGAAUGCUCAAAUCGUCGAUUUUCCAAUAGUGUACUGCAAUGAGGCCUUUUGUAAGAUUAGCGGGUACAACCGCGCCGAGGUUAUGCAGAAGUCGUGCAGCAGAUGUGGCUUCAUGUACGGUGAGCUGACAGAGAAGGAAACUGUGGCACGAGUCGAGUACGCUCUGGAGCACCAGCAGCAUGACCAGUUCGAAGUCUUGCUGUACAAAAAGAAUAAGACUCCGCUAUGGCUGCUGCUACAGGUGGCUCCCAUCCGAAACGAGCGGGAUUUGGUGGUGCUGUUCCUGCUGACAUUCCGUGACAUCACGGCACUGAAGCAGCCUAUCGACAGCGAGGAUACGAAAGGAGGAUUGUCGAAGUUUGCCAAGCUGGCCCGAUCUGUCACCAGGAGCCGUCAAUUUAGUGCGCAUUUGCCUACGCUAAAGGAUCCAACUAAGCAAUCAAAUCUAGCUCAUAUGAUGUCAUUAAGUGCCGAUGUUAUGCCACAAUAUCGUCAGGAAGCGCCAAAAACACCGCCGCAUAUUUUACUGCAUUAUUGUGCAUUUAAAGCAAUCUGGGAUUGGGUGAUAUUGUGUUUAACAUUUUAUACUGCAAUUAUGGUACCAUAUAAUGUAGCCUUCAAGAACAAAACAUCCGAGGAUGUGUCACUACUAGUAGUCGAUUCGAUAGUAGAUGUAAUAUUUUUCAUAGAUAUUGUAUUAAAUUUCCACACUACGUUCGUUGGCCCGGGCGGAGAGGUGGUCAGUGAUCCGAAGGUUAUUCGUAUGAAUUAUUUAAAAUCGUGGUUCAUCAUUGAUUUGCUUAGCUGUCUGCCAUACGAUGUCUUCAACGCUUUCGAUCACGAUGACGACGGCAUCGGAUCACUCUUCAGCGCACUGAAAGUAGUUCGAUUGUUGCGAUUGGGGCGAGUUGUUAGGAAAUUGGACCGUUACCUGGAGUAUGGAGCGGCAAUGUUGAUUCUGCUGUUGUGCUUUUACAUGCUGGUGGCCCAUUGGCUGGCGUGCAUCUGGUAUUCGAUAGGUCGCAGCGAUGCCGACAAUGGGGUGCAGUACAGUUGGUUGUGGAAGCUGGCGAAUGUCACGCAAAGUCCGUACUCGUACAUCUGGUCGAACGAGUCUAAUGCGCCAGAACUGGUCAAUGGACCGUCAAGGAAAACGAUGUACGUUACAGCGCUCUAUUUCACGAUGACAUGUAUGACAUCGGUCGGAUUCGGGAACGUGGCCGCCGAGACGGACAACGAGAAGGUAUUCACUAUCUGCAUGAUGAUAAUUGCAGCUCUCCUGUACGCCACCAUUUUCGGUCAUGUUACCACAAUCAUCCAGCAAAUGACAUCCGCCACCGCAAAGUACCAUGACAUGCUGAACAAUGUGCGGGAAUUUAUGAAGCUGCACGAGGUCCCCAAGGCACUGAGCGAACGGGUUAUGGAUUAUGUGGUGUCCACGUGGGCGAUGACCAAGGGGCUGGACACGGAUAAGGUUUUGAACUAUUGUCCCAAGGACAUGAAGGCGGAUAUUUGUGUGCAUCUGAACCGGAAGGUAUUCAACGAGCAUCCGGCAUUCCGAUUAGCAUCAGACGGUUGUUUGCGAGCGCUAGCCAUGCACUUUUGCAUGUCCCAUUCUGCGCCAGGUGAUUUGUUAUACCAUACGGGUGAAAGCAUCGACAGUUUGUGCUUCAUAGUGACUGGAAGCCUGGAGGUGAUCCAGGACGAAGAGGUAGUCGCCAUUCUCGGCAAGGGCGACGUUUUCGGUGACUCCUUCUGGAAGGACUCGGCGGUCGGUCAAAGUGCGGCCAACGUGCGAGCGUUAACUUACUGUGAUUUACAUGCGAUAAAAAGAGACAAACUACUCGAAGUAUUAGAUUUUUACCAAGCUUUUGCUAAUAGUUUUUCAAGGAAUUUAAUUUUAACGUAUAAUUUAAGGCAUCGAUUGAUAUUUAGGAAAGUAGCCGAUGUGCGAAGGGAGAAGGAGCUGGCUGAGCGAAGAAAAAAUGAACCCCAACUGGGCUCUAGUCAAGACCACCUGGUAAGAAAAAUAUUUUCAAAAUUUAGAAGAGCUCAGCAAAAUGCACAAGGACCAAAGGAACAAACUGGCUCCACUCAGAGCGACGUUGAGAAGGGAGACACAGACACAGACAAAGUUAAGCUGCCAGCCAAGCUUACACUAACUGAAGACUCUCGCGUCCUAACAACCGUCCCAUCACCGUCACCAUCACCGUCGCCUUCAUCGGGACCUCCGUCGGCGAAAGGGGCCCGUGCUAGCAAGUGGGGCCGCCUUCUCGGUAGCUCCAGUGUCGAUUCGGCCAGCGAUACAAGCACAAAGGUAGCCGUGUCUAGAAGCUUAAGUGCACGUGAAAGUUUGCGUGAAAGUGCACAAGGUAGAGCAAGUAGUAGCUCAAGUAGUAACGGCGGUCAAGGCAAUAAGAUAUUUCCCAAGACGCCGAAGCUAACUCCGAAUCCGGCGACGUUAGCACGCCAGGACACAAUCGAUGAGGGAGGAGAGGCAGAUCAAACGCCUAAUCGGGAACGGCCGAACGUAGUGCACAUCGAGCGAGAGGCUGUGAAGGCACCUUCUCUGGAACGUCAACCGACAGAGAGGGAUCGACUGCUUGACAGCAGUACAACGACGACCCGUGAUCGUGAACGAGAACGGGACCGAGAACGUGAACGUGAAAGAGAACGCGAACGUGAAAGAGAGCGGGAGCGAGACAGACACAUGGAGCGGAAUUUGUCGUUCGAACGGGAACGACAGAUAGAAAUGGCACAAUCCAGAGCAACAACGUCCGAUACGUACGAUACGGGACUUCGGGAGCAGCCUUCAACGUUGGCGCAGCGAGAUCUGAUAGCGACUGUACUAGACAUGAAGGUAGACGUCCGCUUGGAAAUGCAGCGGAUGGCACAAAGGAUGAGCAAAAUUGAAGACCUACUAAGCGACCUUAUCAGUAGGAUACAAAUCGAUUCUUCUGGUCAGAGUUCACCAGGCGAUAUGACCGGCACCAACCUGGUACCAACGUCAGGAGCAGGCACAAAUACCUCCAGUACGAACAAUCCCUCGGCAAGCAACCCAAACCCGGUGGCCGCCCUAGUGGGGUCAGGCGCUACACCUGGGUCCGGAGGUAACGGCCUCGGGCCAAUCCUGCUGCGGAAGCGAAGAUCCAAAAGCCGGAAAGCACCGGCGCCGCCAAGGCAAAGUCCCGAGCAAACCAGACUGCUGGACGCAGAUCUGCCAUCGUCAUCCACGAGGAAGCGGGAAUUCCUCUAGCCCCGGAUUCUACUGCGUCAUCAAUCAGACAACUCAAACGAUCUGGAGUAGUGGUUCAGUUCGCACCCCGUAAUUCCCACCCUGCGAGCGUGAUCUGUUUGAUGGCGUUCCUUCCUGCACACUGUGUUAUGGUUUUACCCUAGGUUGGUUUGGAAUGCGUUUCAAGGUUUUUUUUUUUGAUAAGUUUCUGUUGUUCGAAGUGAUAUUUUGUACGAAUCUUUGAUAAAAUACCAUCAGUGAAGAGAUUGGUCCCAGGUCUACUAAACCGUUCCCAUUGCCGCCAGGCAUUAUAUCUCUCUGGGAUCACUUUGGAAAGGAGUUAGUGCACAUCACACCCUCAAGAUAAACUGCGUAUCAUUGCAGUAACGAACAUCGUGCUCUUCUAGAAGAACACCAAGAUAAGGUGUUGGCGCAUUGCCGGAAAACUAGGAGGCCUUACCUUUCCUCUUGUUCUCAGACAGCGGGGCAAGGUCAACACUACGCCUGCUUCUCACUGCACAGCAGGUACCUGCGGGACACUCUCAAAGCAGGCCUUUAUGCUUGCUUAUAUCGGUCUCAAGCACGAUUUUCGCAGCCUCGGACGCCAGUCUUCGUUCAUUUUGCUAUUCAUCAGUACGUGAGUUUUUGGAUCCGCGACUCAGUGACCGUUACCGGUGGGCACCCAGUAUGGAUCCGCUUAAUGGCGAUAUCCGUUUCCCACUCAUCAACUGCCUGACACAGUAGUUACUUGGCUGCGUUACAGAAGUUUAGGUUGAAUUAUGUCUCUUUUGAAUGCCAGACACCUUGAGAUUUCCAGGUCAGGUGAAUACUGUUCACAGAUUUCCCGGCAUAAAUCAACUCUUGGGAGGGCUUGUGCAGCCUUGCGCCUUACGGUAUUCAUCUCAACAUUGCCUACAAAGCUAGUUCCUGUCAGGGCCCUUACAGUCCGACGACUUAUUGCCUGGUUCAAGCUGCUUGAAGCAAAACUCCAGUGGUUCAUUUAUGCCCAGCCGACAUAGGCCAACCCAUUUUGAGCUUCCCUAUCUGAAUGAUCUUAUUAGCGUGCGAUACAGGUAGCUGAACUAAGGCCUUUCAUUGUUCUUCUGCGAUACCUCGAUACCUUCACCAAGGGCUUUUUCUGCCAAGCAUUGGCAGGCGUCACCCUUGCGGGUUUUAUCGUGCUUGAGCUCGACGAUCAUUGCGCCUGUUCGAGUUCGUCGAAUACUACGUACGUCGGCUCCAAGAUCCACAACCUUAGUAUCGCUACUCAUCGCCUUCAAGACUUCCGAGUACUUAGACUCGUCCGGUCUUGGUGAUAAGCGUCUAACCUUUCUCACACUUGGCACAUGCCCAUCUGCUUUUACUAUUUACCUUCAUAACCAUGGGGGGAUCUGCUCAACAGACAUCCGGACAGAAGGUUCGUCUUCUACCGUAACCAGGACUACUGUUUCCUCGACCUACUAAAAACAUUCCCAUGGUCGCCAAGCCCAACACCACCAAAAGGCAUUGCUUCAGACAGAGGCUAGUGCACAUCACACCCUCAAGAUAAGCUGCAUAGUCUGCAGCAAAGAACAUCGAUGACUCGCUUCAGCAUGCCAACGCUUAGCCAGUUUCCCGUGUGGUCCUUUCCACUACCUUUGUCCUCGGAAGGCAGGCAGUGUCGACACCACGCCUGCUUCCAACUGCACAGCAAGUUCUAAGAACUAAUACCGCGAGCACAGCAAUUUUACCUUCCCGCAAGUAAGGUCCUAUUAGACAGCACACAGAAGGAUGUGCCGACAUGGGGCCUCUACUUGCCACCCAUUCCAUCCGCGGUCUCGUAUCCAAUGACAGCAACGCUACCAGAAUGUUCUCCCCGUGGCCACUCAAUCUCUGUUCGAUUUCGAUCGCAAGGCACCGGUAUGACCUACGCAGCCGACUCCGAACCCGUGGACCACCUCUUGUAUCACUAAUUCUCUGAGUCCACGCGCCACCUCCUCUGAAGCUCCAAGACGAUGAUGUGGGCGAUAGCCGCUGAAACGGCAUUCCAGUCAUCCCUGCACAGCAUCUGGACAAGAUUGUCCGGAGUUGUAUCCUGCCUUUACUUGGCUAGGUGUUCGUACGCUUCUAUUCCUCAAUAUGUUUCCUCGUCUUGUUCUUCCUGUCCACUAGGGUGCAAUGAUAGCAACCCCCUGCUCCCUUCGAUCCGGGAUGAGCAAGCUUCUUCAAGUCCACCGUUUGAGCAGUUUUCCGAGACACCUGCCCGGGUCCCGACUUGUCGGCAUUACUGCUCUUCACUGCCGAGGUUAGCAACCUACAGACCUUGUGAGCGUCGGCUUAUUUCUCCUUACCUGGCGGCUCCUUCACACGCUUCUGCAAUUGCUUAUCGAAAGCAAUCGCGUCUGGCGUACCCUUUGGGCUACUCGCGAAUGCGAAGGAUUUCAUCUGGAUAGCACCUUCAGCUUUAUGGGCUCUGCUGCAAACGCAGUUGCCAUGAAAACUCAGCUAGGCCGCCAUCAUCCGCCAUCGUUAAUUUGCGACGGUCAGUCUCGCAGUGGUUUUGGUUCAGCUGUGGGAUUUGCACUAUUAUCGGCUUUUCAGUCUUUCACGUGAGCCUGGAUAUGUAGGCCCACCCAACGCAUCCGAAGCAACACGCAUACGCGUAUAAAUCAUAUAAGAGUAACGGCAGAUAUUCAAUCACAACUUGUGCUGCCGUAACAGUUAAAUUAUAUAUAUGUGUUGCUUGGGACGACCCUUUUUCGCCGUGCAAAUCAGGCAUUUUGGUCCGGAGUUGCACUCCCUGGUGAUGUGGCCCUUUUCUCCACACUUCCUGCAGGGUCUCCUCCUAUCGGGACCUCUGCAUUUAUACGACUUGUGACCUUGAUAGAGGCACUUGAGGCCACAUUCUAGGAAAACCUUUUGGAUCUGGCUUCAACAAAAAAGUGAAAUAAACUACUGGGUCAUUAUCUCCUUACUUAUGCGUGCAUAAGUUUUCUAGUAAAGAUAUCUUUGAAACGCAUUCAAACCAACUGCUUGUUUUUCCUUCCCAGUUACAGUGCAAUCCUAGCUAAAUAAGUUCCGCAGAUCGAUUUCAAGUCGUGUGGCACAGUUUCAUGAAAUCAUCGCAUUUUCACCCUAUACAUUAGUGACCCGUUACACAGAACUUUUAUAAGGCAAAAGUCAAGAACGAAUAAAAUAAUAUCUUCCUAAACCAAGUUUGAUAAACUUUUCACCGAUAAUUGCUUUGGUAAUUUUAGCUUUUGAACAAAGAUCGUAUUGGAAGUAGUAGAAAAAAAAAACAAGAAUUAUAUGAAAACCACGAUUAUUUACAAUAGUACGGAGGAACAUCGUUAUAAGUUUCUACCGCUGAAAAGAGACGAAAAAGGCAAUCAAUAGUUUACUGUUUCGUGAAUGACAGAAGAAUCUUGUACAAUUUCAUUUUAAGACACAUCACAUUACCUUUUUUCGUUGAGGUCCUAAGCUUUCAGCCUCGGAGUGAGUCCGCGGGCGCACCAUCAUAAAUCUAUAUAUUUCUCAAGCGUACUGUCAAGGAAACAAAGUAUAUGGAACAUUUGGGUUUAAAUGAGACUGAUUUGACAACAAUCAUUUGUUCGAAAGUGCGCGAGGCAUCAUGCGUAGAUGAUAUUUAGAAAAAGUGGCGAAAAUAUAACACAAGGGAGUUUACAGCGUUUUAGUUUUAUUUUGAAAUCGCACCUAUGUUCAUUAAAAUAGCUAAGGAGCAAACAUUGCUGAUGGUUUCGCUGCACUGAUAAAUCAGAAAGUAGUUCUUACAGUAUAGAAACGAACAUGAAGAGUUAGUCUUACGAUGUGUGAGAAAGUGCGUUGUAGAGGAAACCGCGUGUAAAUAAAGAUUUUUUAUAGAACAAGAAAAACCAAGCGCGAUAGGAAUGAAACCAGUAGACAUUUUUUAGGACAAAAUUGAAUGCAUAAUGCGGGUGAAUAAUUUAGGAACUCGUUUUAUUACUUUCGAUAGCAAACACGUGUGAUAGUAUUUUAAAAAUACAUUCGAGCUAAUUUCGCAGUAGUUACCACAUCGGGCCAUAUUGCGGCAGCUGCGCACCUCGGUUGCAUUCGUGAUUAUAUCAAAAUUACUCACCUACUUGUGCGAGUGCUAAAUUCUCAAUUCAUAAAUCGCGUAGUCCAAAGGAUCAAGUUAAACAAUAGUGGAGGCAAGGUGGGGCUCGAUGUUUGUAACAAAAAAUACUUCGCCUUAAACCGCUAAACGGUUACACGCACUGCAUAAUCACUGUUAUAUAGGUAACGAGUUCACUUUGCGUAGCAAAUUUUUUCUCAUCAAGUUCAUUAUGUUUGAUAGCAAAGAAAAUCCCAAUUCACAGUUAAUUAUAGGUAUCUCUAGCAUAAGUCAGUACGUUGAACGUAAAACUCAUAGAAAGUUGAAUCCAUAACCGUCCUUCUUUAGUCUGAAUCUCAGCUGGUUUCUACUGAGUAGAACAAUUCUAUUGCUAAUAAGUAUACUACAUAUUCUUCUCUUCUUAUGAAAGCAUUUGUAUGUCCCUAGUAUUCACACUAUAUUAUACAGCUUUUUAUCAAUACAAAAUCAAGCACAGCCUGCAUUUUUUUACAUGACUUUUGAACGAUAAAUUUCGUUACUUUUUUAAGCUCUAUUGAACACACUAGACUACACGGACGGACGUGAAGUGGUUGAAAGGUGGAAGUAGCGUUUCGGUGAGCACCUAUAUGGCGUGGUGAAUGUAGGCACGGGAGACCAAAAUAACGGAGGAUACGAUAAUGUCAGUGCAGCAGAGGACAGAAAUGAUCCUACUCCCACGCUGAAAGCAGAGUUGCUUUCUGUCACUAUCAAUAGUAGGCAAACCGCUGAUUUUGAUAGGCUGACUGCGAUCCAAGUCUGCGUUUGCUCUGUUGAGUCACAGUCAUUUUCCUUUUUCCAUCACAACUGGACUGAUUGUGAUGGCGGGUAGAUAUUACUGAUAGGCCAUCUUUAAAAUUCGUUUAAACAUCUAAAUAAACACUUACCGUGAUGAAAUUUUAAUAUGUGGUGCAGAAUAACAAGUUUUGUAUGUUGGUCAUUCAAAAUUUUGAGUUUUGUCUAGAAUCACUAAAAUAUCAGUUCAGUUGCUAUGAUAGUGCGGAAUGCGGGGUGAUAGUGACGGUGGUUCAAAAUCAGUAGUCAACUGACAUGGCUGAUAUUUCGCAGCUCUGGCUGAAAGAGUUAAGGAUGCCAUUCACCAGCUCGAACCGGACAAUGUUGCUGGUAAAGAUGAUAUCAAAGCUGAAUUAAUCGAAAUGGGCCCAGAAAAGUUGGUCACCUGCCUGCACUGAAUGACAGUCAGGAUCUGAGAAACCAAACAGUUACCGGAGGAGUGGAAAGGAGGAGUAAUCUUUCCCCUUCACAAGCAAGCAAGGCGACCAAUGGAAUGUGAGAACUUCAGAGCAAUAAUCAUUUUGAAUAACGCCUACAAAGUCUUAUCCCAGGUCAUUUUCCGUCCUCUGUCGCCUAGAGCGAAUGAGUUUGUGGAAAGUCAUUAAGCCGAAGGUUCAUCCGUUUUGCUCUCCGACGCCUUCCAUGGAGAGACCCUUUCGUCUGCCCAGUUACGAGAGUCGUUGUCAACUCAUCCAUUUGGACAGUUUAGCAAUUCGUCGGAAUGUAGCCCGAGCUCUGUUCAUUUCAGAUGUGUUAACAUCAAGGAUCGAUUGCCCGGUUUUGCUGACCAAUAUCCAACUGCAUGCGCAAAGUAGAGCUCUACGAAACCACCGGUUUUUUGAAAUUCCUGUCCGUCGCACGAACUAUGCCGCUUACGGAUCCCUUGGUGGCCUUCUUAUACUUUUCAAUAGGGUUGCUGACGGUUUCGACUUUCACCUGUCAAGGGCAGUACUUAGGAAUAAUUUUAAAUUGAUUUUAUGUAGAUCCAAUAUCAUUAGGGCAUAAGUUGCCUGUUGAUAGUAAAAACAAAUAAACAAAUUAAGCCGGCUUCAUCGACGGCCGGUGAACAACGGACCAGAUCUUCACCGUACGGAAAAUUCUCUAGAAGUGCCGUAACUACCAGGUCCCAAACUCUUCGCAUGUUCAUCGACAUCAAGGUCAUCGACAUACGAUAGUAUCGACCACACAAAGCUAUGGAACAAGAUGAGGCAUUUUCACCUUCUCUCAGUGUAAGAGUGUGUUCAUUUCCUUUUCUGUUUCACUAACAUAGGUAGGUGUUUCUUACGUUGCCUUAAUCCUCCACAGGGAACAAAGCCCAAAAUACCAAGAUGGGAUAAGAUGACCCAACUCAUAAAAUCAUUUCUAAAUGUGAUUUGAUCAUUACUACCGUCUACCCCCGUUGGUUUGAACGACACCUCAUGCAAACUAACGGGGUUUAUUUUUUAAUUUGAACUUCUAGAAACCCUGUAGGCAUCGAAAAACAUACUGAUGGUAACCAUUUUUGCUGUUUUGUUUUGAUUCUGCGUUCCGUUUCACCCCGUUCCAUGAGCAGACUGACGUUUGAACCAUUUUUAGUUUGAACGAUGUGCAGAUUAGAGGGGGUCAAAUUAAAAAGUGUUCAGAUUAGAUGCGGUCAAACCAGCGAGGGUAGACGGUAUAGGUGAAUGGUGUCAAGAUAUGUUUGCAUAAAACAUUCUCCUAGAAGCUAAGCCGCCAAACCCUUGGUAAUCCUUUGGAUUUCCCAACGAAAAUUGCCAACUUCCGGUUUUUUUUCCUUGCAAUUAAGGUUUUCUGGUGAUUUUAUUACUAGCCAACCCAAGUAACAUUUUAAGUUUUGUUCGGCUCUAUAAGAGGUUUUCAUGAUAAAUUUGCAAUAAAACUGAUUCAUACAUCAAAACCUCUUGAUAACCCCUUUAAGAGCAUCAUCUGGCUAAGUGGCCCACUCUCAGAGAGGUUUUAUAAACCUUAUUAAGAGUAGCAAUGUUGUUGUUUUUUUUUUUCAAAAAAAAAAAUGAUGACAGCUCAAGAAGCAGAGAAGCUUCAUCAAUGGCAUGUAAAGUUCAGGAAGAGAUAUCAUUUGCAAGUAGAAAGCGAUCGUUUCAAAGUAAUAAUUUAGUAGUUAUAUUGUCGCUAGGCUUAUGCGCAUUCAAUUCCACCGUGAAUAUUGACGUUGCAGAAACAUAAAAUUAAUGCGCUUCGUAUAUGAUGAAUAUUAUCAUCUUAAUAAAAUAAAUCAAUUUAUUUAGUAGAACUACCUCGAAUUACAAGAAAACUGAGCUGAGAGAGUUUAUUUAUGUGAGCAUGCUAUGAAAAUGACGGCAAACUAUCAAAUUGUUGCUAAUUUGAAGAAAAAUAACUAUAUUCCAUUCACGUAUCUGAUUCUUCAACAUGGCGACGACCAUAAUUAGCGAAAAUAAAACGAAAGUUUACUUUUAUGAUGACCGCAAUAAACCUAGUAGUGUCAUAGUUUCUGCUUUUCCACCAACAGAUGUCGUUACUAAUCGAACGGAUCGCCAUCUGUUGAGAGUUUGAACAGUUUUAUUGUGGUAAUAAUAAAUGCCAAAAGGUUUACAUAGCGGAGAGUUUUGUUUACUCUUAAAAUCUGGCUUUAUGGAUAUCUUCAAGUAUACUAUAAAACAUUCCAUCAAUGGUUUUCGUAAAAGUAGACAUAAAACUGUGAGUUUUAAUUAUUGCUGUAAUUAAACCCCAAUAAAAAUCAAACAAAACCCAUCAGCAAUGGAAUUGUUACUUGGGAAGUGUUUCCAACAUUGGUAUAGCUAGCUUUUUUUCUUACUCUCGUAAACAAGCACGAGAACGAGCAAGAUGUAAGAGGGGGCAUGUAUUGCAAUACAACUGAUUUAUACAUCAAAACCUCUUGAUAUCCUCUUUGAGAGCAUCUUCCGGUUAAGUGGAUCACUCUCGGAGAGGUUUUGCAAACCAUAUUAAAAGUAGCAAUAAAAUUACACUGUUGAAAAUGCUUUUACAUCCAUGUGCACAACAGAACACGUGCUCGAUGAACAAAUUGAGAUUUGAAAUUAUGAAAAGAAAUCCACGUACUCCGGUGAGACUCGAACUCACGACUCCCAAUUCGCUAGACGGGCGCUUCUAUUCCUUCAAGCUACGGAGUCACUCGACUAUCUCCGUCGCCAGCAGGCCUAGAACUGAACUCGAUUCCACAAUCGCACAUGGUUAUCUUCUUUUCACAAUCCAAACCCCCUUCGGAUGGGAUUAGAUGAACAUCUAACACAUUGUCUGUUGUGUACAUGUAUGUCAAAGCGAGAGAGGAAGUUAUUUUUAAUUGUCGAGAGCUUCGGGCACUGCCUCCCAAUCACUUAUUGGUAUGGCAAUUAGUGUGCAGUCGGACUCUCGACGGGUCGGUCCUCGGCCGACCGAAUACGGUAAGGGUGACCGUAGCACCUUACAAAUGUCAAUUUCUUGAUUUUGCUUUGGCUGACCAAGCCAUGUGGGAAAUUACACUGUUGAAAAUGCUUUGACAUCCAUGUGCACAACAGAACACGUGCUCGAUGAACAAAUUGAGAUUUGAAAUUAUGAAAAGAAAUCCACGUACUCCG